AUGAGCUCCACAUCCGGAGAGAGCGAUGCCAGCGCAAACCAGACUGUUAGAGGAUCGCCUGAGCCUCCAAGAGAUGGAUCGGUACUGGAUGUCGAGCGCCAAAGCAACGAAGCUACGAACACACCGUCAAUCGAGGAUAUCGUCGCAGAAGAGCAGCAGCAUGUCGCAGAGGAGGCAGCGAUUCGUGCGGACGGCAGGACUUUCGAUGGGUACGGCAAAGUGAAGAAUAUCGACAGGGCAGAGGAAGAUAGCGACACUACGUCGUUAUUGAAAUUGCCGGCAAGCCCAGGAGAGUCGAUAUCGACGCCUGAUGAUUCACCCUCAAUUCAGGGAUCUGUACUCUCUUCACCAGGCAGUAGUGUACCGGCUUCGCAAGUGUCCUAUUUUCAUCGACCUCGUCAUCCAGCUUCGCUGCAACCGUUUGAAAGGAGAUUCUCCUCGAGGCUAUCGCCUUCACCUCUCCAGUCACCUCGUGCUCUCUCGCCAGCUUUUCUAACGCCGCAUUCCCGCACAUCCUCGAUAUCAAGUCAACUGCUACCUGCUCCGGAUGAGGCCGAUACUCCGCAGCCGCCGUGGGAGGUCGUCAGGUGGACUAAGCUGAAGAAGAUCACUGGUCAGGCUCUCUCUGAGGCGGGCAAGCGGAAUUUCGGUCGACCGACUUGUCUUGUGGUGGCUGCGUCUAUUGCAAUCGGCACCUCGAAGGGAUUUAUUCUGGUCUUUGACUACCAGCAGACUCUCAAAUCGAUCAUUGGACCUGGGACUAAAGCCGUCGAAUGCGGUAGCAUAACCUCUCUGGCUUUAUCUGCCGACCAUUCUACUGUAGCUGGUGGGCAUGCGAAUGGCCACAUAUUCACGUGGGAGCUUUCCAGGCCAGCGAAGCCCUUCCUGCACAUCUUGCCUCUUGACAGAGAGCAACUGAGUAAUCGCAAGGCGGACGGUCAUGUCACGGAUGCUGCCAUAUUGCACGUGGGCUUCUUAGGCACCCGCCAUACCGCAUUGGUUUCCGCUGAUGAUGGCGGAAUGGCAUUUUCUCACCUCGCAACAAGGGGUCUCGGCGCCGUAGCUCGAAGUGUGAACACGACGCGCAUACUGGGACGAUACCCGCCCUCUGCGAUCUCCGACGAACGUCCCCGUAAACCUAGCUCUGUGCUAGCCUUUGCACCGCUGCCCCUUGGCAAUGUAGAACAGCCUACCGACAGCAUGGGCCUGACUGCGCUAUUGACGCCAUACCUCCUCGUCGUUGUUUCUACUACGCCUAUCGCACAGACACAGCACAAGGCAUCGAGGCCGAAGGAGAUCGCACCACACAGUACUUUGAGCGGCUGCCUUGCCUGGUUUCCUGCGGUGAAGCUGAAGAACGCGGCCGGCAAUGCUCAACAGUCGACCUCCAGGACGAAGCUGGUAUAUUGCUGGUCCAAUGUUCUGACCAUACUCGACGUGGAUGCGGAGGAGAAGGAGGAGAAGGAGACACCGCCUAACCUGCACUUCCGCCCCCGGAGUCGAUGGCGCUGCGAGGAAGCCAUCGUUGCCAUCCAGUGGCUUAGUCGAUCUGUCCUUGGUGUCUUGACUAUCAGCCAACGGCUAAUGAUCCUUGAAGACACUUCCUUGCGGAUGACCGACUCCUUUGAUCUCCUUCACAAGCACAUAUUCCACCAGGACCUGUUUUCCCGUCAACUCCAACCGGUAGUUGAACAACUGGAUGAAGAAGAUGUAUCCAUGCAUGGCGUUGUCGCCGAUGCCUUUCACAUGAGCUUUAGAGCCUACAAAGGGCGGCUGUUCCUCCUUGGAUUCAACGAAGUUUCCGUCGGAACGCUCUCCAAUUGGGCCGACCGGUUGUUAGCCCUCAUGGAAGAGGGCGAUUACAUUGCCGCAAUCGGGCUUGCGACUUCGUACUACAAUGGCGACGCCGAUAAGCUGACAGUAGGUCUGCCGGACGACCACAAUGCAAGACAUGCUCUUGUGCACGAGAAGCUAAUGGACAUGAUAUCAGCCUCGCUGAGAUACACGUUUCGAAGGACCCAGGGUGCAAGUCAUGGUGAUUUGACGACCAAGCAACUUGUGGAACUAACCGCCGUUACGUUCACUGCGUGUCUGAGCAUGGAAGAGACAGACUUCUUGUUCGACGAUGUAUAUGAAGCAUACAAAGAGGCCUCCUCCGAGGGACUCUUUCUAGGGGCGUUGGAGCCCUACAUCACAGGUGGAGAGGUCACUGCUGUGCCGCCUAAUGUUCUAAAAGACCUGAUUACGUACUAUGCCGCCAAGGGUCGGACCAGCUUACUGGAAGAGAUGGUGUGCCGAUUGGACACGCAGACCAUGGACAUUGAUCAAGUUACGACUUUGUGCAAACGCUAUAACCUCUACGACGCUCUGAUCUACGUUUGGCAGCAGGCCAUAAAAGACUACAUCACCCCUCUCAUUGAGCUCCUUUCACUCGUCAAGACUAUAAACCAGGAUGAGGAGGAUGGCGAUGCUCUCGAAUCACAACACCUACCUUCUGCGAUGAAGCUUUUCACUUAUCUUGCUUACGCGCUUACGGGGAGGAUCUAUCCCAGUGGUGCUUCCCUUCCUGAGCGAGAUGCCACUGAUGCGAAGGCCGAGCUGUACGGAUUCCUCCUGUCAGGCAAGGUUGUGGAAUGGCCGCAAGGGAGCGGGCACAUCUUCAGAACACGGCUAGACAAAGGCCCAGAACCAUCGCUCCCUUAUCUACGCCUGAUUUUGAACUUCGACACAGGCAGCCUAAUGAGCAUGUUCAACGAAGCGUUCGAAGACAGCUUUCUCAACGGCAAUCAAGAUGCGUCCACUAAUGGGGUAGCUCCGAAGGAGCAUAGAGACGGCCUGCGCUUGUCGCCGACGCGACAGUACAUCCUCAACAUAUUGAUCGGGUUGGCUUCCUCCGACACCUUGGAGCCCGAAGAUGUCAUUUACAUCUACAUGUUCGUUGCGCGUAGCUUGCCCAAAUAUCCUCAAUACAUCAUCUUGCCGGGAUCGGUACUUCACAGGGUGCUGGAGGGUUUAUGCAACUAUCCUCUAGAAGAGCUCGCGGAGGACUGCCAGCUGAGCGUGGAGUAUCUGCUUUCAGUAUACCAUCCAUCUGACCUGGGCUCACUCAUUCCGUUAUUUCAGAAAGCCGGAUUUCAUCGUGUUCUUAAAUCCGUCUUCCGAGGCGCCAAGGAGUACGCAAAGCUCCUAGAGGCCUACUUCAACGACCUGAGCGAUCGAGAUGCUGUUUUUGACUGUAUCGGGGACAUUCUGAGGCCGAAUCGAGGCCUUAACAAACGACAAAUCGCCGAUGUUCAAAGUGUAAUCGUUCGCCAUGCUAAGGAUCUAGCGGCCGUCAAUAGCGUUCGGACCGCUCAGAUCCUGGUGACUUACGCGCCGGAUCUGCUGGAACCCGUUUUGAAUGGCCUUGAAGACGGCUCACAGGCGCAGUUUAUGAUCCUAAGAACGCUUCUAGAACCCAGCAUUCAGGACCCAGCAGCCGAUGGACAAGCUAUUGAACGUCUUGAACUUGGCUUCCGGGACCGUUAUGUUUUGCUGAUGUGCCGUUAUGAUCCCACUCAUGUGGCUGACUACGUUAGCUUGCUUCGGUCGGGCGACUUGAACCUCAGUCAAGUGCUACCGGCCAUGGAAACCAGUGGCGUCGUUGACGCAGCAGUCAUUUUGAUGGCUCGAGACGGGUUAGUCCAGGAUGCUAUGGAUCGUCUCGUGAAGCACCUUCGUACGCUGGAAACGGCUUUGACCGGCCUGCUCAAUGCCGCAGCGGAGAGCCCAGAUACGGCGAACACUGAGGAAGCAGCUGAAGACUUGCUCGACGCCGUACAAAAAUACGUACGAGUUGGCGUCUGGUUGUGUCAAGGUCAAACAAAUUCAGUGGGCCAAUUCAAAGCACCAGAAACUGAACCUCUCCGUCCAGUUGACAAGUCAGAGAGUGAUUUGACUCUUGAUGAGCUACUCUGGCUCGAUCUCAUCGACACUGUAGUGACUGUCACCAAGAACGUGUCCACUGCCGCCGGAGAUAUCGAUACUCGAUCAGCACAAUCGCCCGUCGACAUCCGCAAAGUUAUCAACUCCCUCCGCGGCUCCGUUCAGCAGACCUUCACCGCUCUCCUCGCUGCUACCUCAGCGGAAAGCAAAGCAAAAACAUCUCCUUCAAUACCAACUCUCAAAUCGUCUGCACGCCAUCCGACCUUUCUACGCAUCCUGCGUGCUUUCCUGACUCGCGCUUCGCGCUCCUCGCCUUCCUUGUCCGACCUACGCAGCGUCUUAGCCUCAAUCUUCUCCGCCUACACUUUCGAAGAAACCAUCCUCUCCCUCGCCAACCAGUUCCUGGACAAAGACCUCUUCGGCCAGGUCUCUGAGGCACACGCACUGCGCCAGCGAGGAUGGAGGCCUCGCGGUCAGAGGAGAAAUCCAGGCAGGAGAGGAGACUGGAAAGAGGGGGCGGAGAGGCAGCCAGGCGGCUUGAGAGAGGCAAGGGACGAGCAGAGUCUGGUCCGGCUAGGACUACAGACCGAAGCAGAGAUUCUGCAGGUGAUGGUGAAGGAGCUGACCUCCAGAGUGGAGGCACAGUAA